AUGAGGUGUUUGGUUUUGGCCUUGGUAAUUCCUCUUCUCUUUGUGCAAGCUAAACCCCACCCUGAACGGAGGGAGUUGAGUGAACAUGACCAUAAUGAAAAUAAUCCAGAACUUCACAACCUUCAAUUUGAUCACGAAGCAUUCCUUGGGAGAGAGUUAGCAGCCGAGUUCGACAAGCUUACUGAUAAAGAAUCACGGGAACGUUUGACGAAAAUUGAUCAGGACGGCGACAAUGCUAUUGCCGAAACCGAAUUAAAGAGAUGGAUAUCCUUCGUUUCAAAAACUGCCCUUCGCGCUGAUGCUAAUCGGCAUUGGAAGAAUCUCAAUGCUAACAAAAAUGAGCCACUAGCCUGGAGAGAUUACUUGGAAAGAACGUAUGGAGUCGAAGAUGGUACGUAA